GGGUGAUCCAAGUCACUACAUUUGGGCCGGUGUCCCGUAUUCUAUCCACGAGAACGACUUCUCCAGUCACUUCAGACCCUGUGAAUACCGAUUCACGAUGGCGUACUGGGAUCGAUUUCCCCCGGAGAUUCGUCAAAUGAUCCUGAGCCUCGCCGCACGCGAUACCAUUCGAGAGAGCAAGGCACAGCUGGGUCACAGUCGGUUGCCUAUCUACGCCAGUGUCUCCGUAGAAUGGCAAGACUUCUUUGACACUCAUACCUUUCGCCGACUCACCCUCCGCCCCGCAUGUCUUCUCGAUUUUGAUAAAAUCGUCCAGGGCAAAAGGAAGGUCAGAUUUGGCUAUAUCAAACAUGUGCGGCUCCAUAUCGAGCUUGAAGAGUACGACUGUACCGUUUGUAGGCAGGAGGAAGAUGACACGACCAUGCAGAGGAGCCAAGUAACCUUUACAGAUGCCCUCUGGAACCUUCUUUCCACCCUUUCUACAUGGAAAAAUAGGAGAGGAAAGACGACGAACCGCGAGGGUGGGGUGACAUUCGAGCUCAGUGCCUCAUCUCCGAGUGAUUCGAAGCACGUUUAUCGCGAUUUCCGGUUGCAAGAUGACUACCCCUACCGGACCGAGGAAGACUUGGACCCCAAUUUUGAAGCGUAUAAGAUAC